AUGCUGCCUCAUGUCACCACCCUGACCCCAGGACGGGUGGCCACCAAGGGCUGCGCGCCGGCUGCCCCGAGCCGCCCGCGCGGCCUGGCGGAGUCCCCAGGCACUGCUCGUGCCUCCCUGCGCCCCCUUCGACUGCACGUCGCCAGUCUCUCGUCCGAAGUCACUAGACGAGCUUCGGAUGCAGAGGAAAUCGCCACUUCGCCGAACUCACCGACCCACAGGACCAUGGGAGAUGCGGGGGCGGUGGAGGCGGAAGAUCUGCCCUCGCGAUCCGCCUUCGAGGCGAUCGAGGCGCGUCGGGCGGGGGAGCGUGCGUCCACGGCGGGGGCCUCGUGGGAUGAAGCCGAAGGGGUCGAGGGGGGGCGGGUGGUGGAGGGAGUGAUGAUACCGGAGAAGUACGUGGACCUGCCGGCCAAGGAGGCGCUGCGGCGGGCGAGGAUCGGCGCCAGGAACGCGCGCAAGGUGCCUUGGAACAAAGGGAGGAAGGCUUCGGCGGAUUUGUUGGCAAAAAUAAAGGCGGGGACGCUGGAGGCCAUGCAGAGGCCGGAAGUGAAGCAGAAGCUUUCUGAGAGGCGGAGAGGGCCACACACUGAAGAAGCCAAGUUGAGGAUCAGUUCCAGUAUGAAGGCACACCAUGCAAAAUUGCGCAAACAGAAAGGCGACCUGCUGGCUGUGAAACAGAGCGCCCAACUAAAGCGAGAAAGUGAAAAAGAAGAUGGACUUGCCAUACAUAAGCCAGCUGGGCGGCAGUUGACAAAAUCACCUGGCGCUCCACCUCAACGGAGCAAAAGAAGAAAGGCGAUGGACGUAGAACAACGUCAGAAGAUCAGCGAGGCCAUAAGGCGCAAGUGGGGGGAGCCAACAUACAGGGACAAGAUGAUUAGGGGCAUCCAGGCUGGCCAAGAAAAGAGAUUGGAAACGAUAAUGGCUAGUGCACCUGCACGUGAGCGGGCAAAGAGCAUGAAGAGGCUGGCUGAGGAUGAAUUGGAACUGGAAAGGCAGAGGAAAUUCAAGGAGGUUACUGAAGUGGUUUCAAGGUUGGAGUAUGAGAUCAACAGCCUGGAGGCACAACGAUUCAUUCAUGUUGCUGAGAAGGACGCGGACACUGUUGUGGAGAUCGACGAGGUGUUGGAGGAGGCCAGAGGCGUGCUGAAUCAAGUUAAGGGUCUCAUGAAGCCCCUAUCUCGCAAGCUUGGUUCCAGCGGCCCCAACACCAACGCCUCAAACAGCAAUGGCGAUGCUUCUGCAAGCAAAAUGCGAACGGAUGGGAAUACAGUGUGA